UUCCUCGGGCAUCGCCGGGACCAGGGCUGCCAGCGGGGCCGGCUUCGCUUCGGAAAGGUGCGGGGACGCUGUGACUGCUUCGCUCCGGUCGCUGCCAUGGCCAGGGGCCGCCGCUGACUUGGCGGAUCCGCUCGGGGGUAGCCGCGGAGGCGGAGGGGUGCGGAGGGGAAGCCACCGAACCACAGGGAGCCGCCGUCCACAGUGAUGAGCGGCUGAGCCGGGCCCGGGCGGAGACAGGUGGCGACGGCCGCGGGACCUCCGUGCAGCUGCACGGCCCGAACCGGGACACGGGCGCGGACAACGAGGCUGUGCCGCCGCGGAGCGCCCUCCUUUCCCUCUCUCUCCGCGCUCCCUUCGCCACUACCCGCGAGUGUUCGGUGAUGGCGGAGCGGCUCCCGCCGGGCCCCCCCCCGGUGAUUUUUUGCCAGGACUCCCCGAAGCGCGUCCUGGUCUCCGUAAUCAAAACCACCCCGAUCAAACCCUCCUCGGGGGCAAGCGGGGGCGAGGAGCCGAUGUCCGUCCCGCCUGUCCCCACCAGCCCCGGCUUCAGCGACUUUAUGGUCUACCCCUGGCGCUGGGGGGAGAACGCGCACAACGUGACCCUCAGCCCCGGCGGCAGCGACAGCACCGCCGGCCCGUCAGCUCUCCCGCCGCCCCGCGGGGGAGCGGGCAGAGUCCCCGGCGGGGACGAGGAGAAGGCGGGGAGCCCGGGGAGCGGCGGCCGGCACCGGCACCUGAAGGAUGGAAUAAGACGUGGCCGUCCAAGAGCAGACACUGUCCGAGACCUGAUCAGUGAAGGAGAGCACUCUUCCAGCAGGAUACGCUGCAAUAUUUGCAACAGGGUCUUUCCACGAGAGAAAUCACUGCAAGCCCAUAAACGAACUCACACUGGUGAAAGACCUUAUUUAUGUGACUACCCAGAUUGUGGGAAAGCCUUUGUACAGAGCGGGCAGCUCAAAACUCACCAGCGUCUCCACACAGGAGAGAAGCCUUUUGUCUGCUCAGAGAAUGGCUGUUUAAGCAGAUUCACACAUGCAAACCGUCAUUGUCCCAAACAUCCAUAUGCCCGACUGAAGAGGGAAGAGCUCACGGACAGACUGAGUAAGAAGCAGACAGCUGACAAUAAAGCUGUGGCCGAGUGGCUGGCAAAAUACUGGGAGACUAGAGAGCAGCGUGCUCCUGCUUUGAAGACCAAAGCAAUCCAGAAAACGGAUCAGGAACAGCAGGACCCAAUGGAGUAUCUCCAGUCUGAUGAAGAGGAUGAUGAAGAGAAAAACAGCGCUCAUUCAGCUGCCCGGCACCGCCGGCUCCAGGAGCAGCGUGAACGCAUGCAUGGUGCGCUGGCACUCAUCGAGCUCGCAAACUUAGCUGUGGCACCCCUGCGACAGUAGAUAGGAGGAGCAGUCUCUGCCCAUAAAAAAGUACUUUCUGGUGUUCCUUAACCAGUUAGAUCCCAAGCAUAAGCUAAGCACCUUAUUUGCUUGUAAUAGGCUGCUAUUCUGUAGAAUUUAUGAAGAAUGUUGUUGCCUCAUAAUAUGGGGCGAGAGAAUUGCACUUUUGAUAAGGUAGAAGACAGAUGUAAAGUUUCUAAGUAUUUUGUAAAUAUAGGACUGCAUAAGGCAGGGUUGACAAAUUUAUGUGUUGUGGGAUGCUAGAUUUUGCAAGGUUAACUCAUUUAUCUGAAGCAGAUUUCACAGGAAACACUUUCUGAGCAAAGUGUUCUCGAUUACGAUGGUACAUGUGGCCAAAGAAGGCUGACAAAGAAGUAUUUAUCUGACUAUCAAAGUGAUGGGUCUGGGGAUAUUGUUAAACAGCAAUGAAACCAUGUUUUUCUAAUGUCAAUAUAUCUUUUCCUAGCAUCUCCAAGGUGAAGGGCAAAGGUUAGUUAUCUCAACUUGUACAGGGAAAGAAAAUGCUUCAUGCAGGGAAUAUCUUCACUGUGACUGCCCAAGGUAUGAGGCUUGACUUUGCUGCUUCACAUUUUUUUGAUUUGAUUUCAGCAGAAUCUCUUGGUAGCACUUGUUAUUCCUAACAUGUGUAGUUGGGAAGUUUUGCACAUUGUUUUAUCUGAAAAUGAUUAGUCUUGCAAAGUCUAGAAAAAGGAGAACAAUUGGUAGUAUUUUUUCAGGUGUUUUUGGGCCCUGUAGUGAUUUGGCACUUGGUUUUGUUAAUAAAGGGGUUAUUUACAGGGUGGUAUGAGUUUGUAGUAAACUAUUCUAGGUCUUCUAUUAGCAAACACUAAGUUUUAAAGUAUUGCUUUUAUAAUGAUUAGCAAAUAGAAGCCUUCGUACUUACUGUGCAUAAAGCCACCUUACUGCUUUACUCCAGCAUAACAUGGCAAUUUUUUGUUCACUAACCAUAGGACAGCUAUAAACACUGCAGAAAAGUAUUCACUAUACAAUUAGAAAAUAGGCUUCCAAAGGUAGUUACAAGUGUGUUAACAGUGUGAUUUCAUAUAUUUCCCAAAUAAGUUGCAGAAUGCUGCCUAGUAUUCAGAUGCUGAUAUAAAAUGUUUAACAGGGUAUUUUGUCACUUUGUGAAUCUUGUAUACUUUCAGUAGCAUUGUCUUAUGGUGAUCUUUUACCAUAUUUUGCUUUGAAGGCAGCCAGAGAUUCCUAAUAUGCUAACAAAACUUUGUUUUCAGAUUGGACUUUUUGUGUGUGGUUUUGUUGUUGGUUGUUGUUGUUAAGCUACUGCUUAAGGGGAUAUUAAUAAUGUGUAUUUACUGACCUGCUUGCUU